AUGGAAGGAUUGUGUAGAGGAUGUUUAAUAAGGUAUGAUGACCCCAUGGAUAUACUGCAGUAUACUGAAAAAUAUAGAAGACUAUUUGUGUAUUCUACAGGUUUGCAGGUAAAGAGAAAUGACAGAAUCACAUUUCAAGUAUGUAAAGACUGUUUCCUGAACAUGAAGGCUGCAUGUAAAUUUAAAAAGCUUUGUCGGGCAUCCGACAAAAAGUUGAAAACCUACUUAUCAUUGAAAGAUGUUGGUGAUGGUGUGGACUUAUUUACUUUUAUUAAGAACAGUGAUGAUACUAUGGCAUUUCGUCUUCCAAUGACAAGUGGCAGCAGUACACCAGCCCAGCAUAAUAAGUUAAGAGAUGAUGACAAUGAAUCAACAUGCACAAGCAUACGGAACUUCAUGACAGAUAUAUUGGAGGGUGAAGAGAUGCCAGACACAGAAGCUCGCAUCAUCCGUGAAGUAAUAGAAGAAGAGGCUGAUGUAUUAGAUGACUCGUUGGAUUCACAUUGGUUACAAGAUGAUGUAUCUAUUGAUACUGAUUUUAGAUUGGAUUUUAGUCUCAGCCCGUUUGCAACCCUACAUGCUGUGAAUAAUGAUCAUUGUUACACACCAAAGAGGCUUAGUGAACCAAAGGAGGAACAGUUAAAAAAAUAUUUUACGUCUAUAAGCCCUGCGAGACAACAUAGAGAUGUAAACGAUUUUACAGAUAUUAUAAGAAAUAAUCAAAGUGAAAAAGAGUUGUGUGUUUUUGGAACAGAUGAAAUUGACAAUGAAAUAAGAGGAAACAAUUUUGAUAUGCCUCUUAUUGAAAAUGAAGAAGCAGUAAAUCAUUACGUUGUUGACAAUGAAAAAUCAAUUGAAAUUAAUGUACAUUUACCAAUUAUCGAAGAAGAAAAAUCGUUAAAUAAUUUGGAUUUGUCAAGUUUACCAAGCUUAGAAAGCUUGCCAAGCUUUGAAAAUGAAAAAUCCAUGAAUAAUUUAGAUUUACCAAUAAGAGAUCAUGAGAAAUCUUUAAAUAGUUUAGAUUUACCAAUAAGAGAUCAUGAGAAAUCUUUAAAUAGCUUAGAUUUACCAAGCUUCGAUAGUGAGAAAUCAAUUAAUAAUUUAGAUUUACCAAGUUUACCUAGUAUUGAUAAUGAGAGAUCAUUGAACAAUUUAGAUUUGUUAACAAGUAAUAUUAAUGAUGAAAAACAUGAGCAAAGAUUAAACACGCCUAAUUUUUAUGUACCAACUGAUGGAACAACUUAUGUUACAACUAGUAAAGAAAUUGAAAGUAUAAUAAACGACAAAAAAUCAAAUAAAGAAAAACCUUGUACAAUAGACAAAAAUUUGAAAAGAGCAUUAGAAAACAAGGAUAAUAAAGAAUUCUCAUUGGAUGAACUGCUUGUUUCUCCACAAGUUUUUCAUGAAGCAUCAGGAGCUUCUACUCCAACUAUAAAUAAUAUUUUAUUUGGCGAUAAACUUAGUGUAAACAAAGAGAGUCCUAGCAAAAAUUCUGAAUACUUGGAACCAAGCGGUUUCAAAGCAUCAGGAGCCUCCACUCCUACAAUAACUAAUAUUCUCUUUAGCGAUAAAUACAGUCUAAGCAAGAAGAGCCCUAGCAAAAGUUCUGAAUAUUUGGAGACAAAUGGUCAAGUUGAUCUUGAAAUAUUUGAAGAGUUACUUCAAGAUCAUACCAAGGAAACACACAUUGAGGAUAACAGAGUAACGAGUGAUAUCAAACAUGAAUUUAAAGUUCCCAUGGAUGUCGAUGAAGUUGAUACAGGCACUAAAGAAAUUAAAAAGUAUAAGUUCUCAUCUGAGUUUGACGAAGGACAAUUUGAUUUAGAAAAUUUCUAUUGUAACAUAUGUGAUAAAAAGUUUGAAAGUUCCAAAGCAAUAUGUAUGCAUUUUGUCAAGAAACACAAAAUAAAAAUCGUAAAGAAGAAAAAUAAAGAUUAUAAAUAUAAGCUAAGAAUAUGUAAUUUCUGUGGGAAAGAAUACAGAGAUUUGCAGAACUUUCAUCGUCAUUUAAAAAAACACAAGACUGAGAAGGAUGAUGCUGAAGUAUUUAAGUGCGACAAAUGUCAUUUAGAUUUUACGUCGCAGUCAAAGUUAGAGAAACAUAAAACUGGUCAUAACGCUACGUCUACUAAGAAAGGAAUAGGAAAAUAUGUUUGUACAGUCUGUGGCGCAACAAGUACUACGAUAGGCAACUUCCGCCUGCACCAAAGGAGGCACACGCAAGAUUAUACCCAUAUAUGUCAGCAAUGUGAUAAAGGAUUUUACCGACAAUCAGAGUUCACUAUUCACUUGAGAACUCACACUGGUGAAAAGCCGUUUUCAUGUAUAUAUUGUGAUAAGACUUUUGCACGAAAAGACGCUUUAACAAAACAUGUAAAAUAUCACAUGGAUAACAAGCUAUUCAAAUGUGAACACUGUAACAAAGCCUUUGUAGACAGGAGUCAACUUAAUCUUCACAUGAAAAUCGCCGUAAAGUGUAAAGUAAAGCGCGGAAUCUUGGUUGAUAAGAAAACACUUGUAGGAGACAGCAAAGCCAAAUCUAAUGUAACUAAAAUUCAAGAUGACUCUAAGGAGAAAGAAGAAAAUCAUGGCAGUACCCAGAUAGAAGAUGCAGUAACCGAGUUACCGUAUAUAGAUACUGAGAUGAGUAAUUAA